AUGGGAGAAUCAAAUCAGUCAGUGACCUUGGACUUCACUCUCAUGGGUCUCUUCAACCACUCAGGGCCACAUCUGGUCCUAUUCUCCCUUGUGGCAGCCGUAUUCACCACGGGCCUUCUGGGCAAUGCCAUCCUGCUCUUCCUGAUCUGCACAGACUCCAGGCUCCACACACCCAUGUACUUUCUUCUCAGACAACUCUCCCUGUUGGAUGUUGGCUUUCCACUGGUCACCAUCCCCAAGAUGGCAGCCAACUUCCUGCAGGGAGAAGGUUCCAUUUCCUUUGGAGGUUGUGCAGCUCAGAUGUUCUUCCUGAUGCUGUUGGGUGUCUCUGAGGGUGUCCUGCUGUCCCUCAUGUCUUAUGACCGCUACGUUGCUGUGUGCCACCCCCUACAUUAUCCUGUGCUCAUGAGACCCCAGGUGUGCCUGCUCAUGGUGGGUACUUCCUGGUUGUCAGGUGUGCUGGUGGCCUCCAUCCAGACCUCCAUCACCCUGCACUUCCCCUACUGUGCCUCACACACCGUGGACCACUUCUUCUGUGAGCUGCCAGCUCUGCUGAAGCUCUCUUGUGUGGACACCUCCGGUUAUGAGUUGGCGCUGUCCAUCUCGGGGGUGCUGAUUUUGUUGCUGCCCCUGUCCCUCAUUGUCACCUCUUAUAGCCACGUUUUGGGGGCUGUUCUCCGCAUGCGCUCAGCUGAGGCCCGAUACAAGGCCUUCACCACCUGCUCCUCGCAUAUCACUGUAGUGGGGCUUUUUUAUGGGGCUGCCGUGUUCAUGUACAUGGUGCCAGGAACAUACCACAGCCCACAGCAGGACAACGUGGUCUCCCUCUUUUACAGUCUUGUCACCCCCACACUCAAUCCCCUCAUUUAUAGCCUGAGGAACCGAGAAGUUCGAGUGGCUUUGGUCAAGGUCCUUGGUAGAACUGGCUUCAGAUCAAAGAGAAGACAUCAUGGGGUGUGCUGGGUUGAUCCAAGGACUCUCCCUUACAGCUAA